CCUCUGUUGAUACCGAUGAUUCUCACAAGUGAAGUACUCUAUGUGAUCUCUCCUUUUCCAGUCAUGGGUGGAAACAUGCUGAUGGGAGCAGGUCUAUACUUCACCGUUCUUCUCCAUUUGCUUUGUUGUUGUGCAGCUGAAGAGCCUGUUGUGGAGCCAUAUCAAGAUGUCUAUGACAAGGACGUGACAACAAUACCUGCAAUCCUAAAAGAUGGAAGCAAGGAGGUCUUUUUCAUUAACAGUCAGAUUGGGGUCAUACCAAAAGGAGCAUUUUCCAAAAACCCUCAACUAGAAAAAGUGGAAUUUAUUGGUACACCAACAUUCUCUAUCGAGGAAGGUGCCUUUGAAGGUUUAGAGAAGCUGGCUAUCAUUGAGAUUUCAGGAACAAAUCUGACAUCACUACCCAUUGGAGUUUUUAAAGAUCUUAACAAUCUUAAUACUUUAAUUCUGAAAGGAAACAAGAUUCAGAAUUUAGAAAGGGGACUAUUUGAUGGCAUCAGUACCCUUGAAAAACUGCAGCUGCAUAUGAAUGAGAUUUCAUCAAUUGAAGAGGGAACAUUUGAUCAUCUGGAGAAUCUCCAAGAGCUUCAUCUUGCUAAGAACAACCUUGCAGCCGUUUCAACAUCUCUUUUCUCCAAUCUCAAGAAACUGCAAGUUUUUAGGAUCUAUGACAACAAGGUGACCUCUAUGCCAGACGGAAUUUUUGAUAAUCUUCACAAUCUGAAGGAAAUUUCUCUAUACGGCAACAGAAUCACACACAUACAACCAAAUUUGAUUCCACAUAAAAGCAAGUUGAUAAAAUUGUGGUUGGAUAAUAAUCUCUUAACUGAGCUGCCACCCAACCUAUUUGUGGAUUUCACUGCACUCAAAACAUUAACUUUGCAUCACAAUCAGCUCACCAGUCUCCCUUCUGAUCUUUUUGGAGAAAUGCCAAAAAUUACUGAAUUGGGUCUCAACAACAAUAACCUUACAAGCUUACCUGCCAGGGUUUUCAGCCCACUGAAGAAGCUUAAGAAAUUAGACCUGUCCUCUAAUCACUUUUCACAUCUCUCUGGAGAAUUUUUUGAGGGGCUGGACAAACUUUCUGAGCUCAAUCUUCAGAAAAACACCAUUGAAGCAUUGAAAUCAGAUGACUUUAUACAACUUAAGUCCCUUUCAACACUCAAUCUGGCUAAAAAUAACCUGAGAAGCCUUCCAGAAGAUGUUUUUGAUUCUCUUCCAAAACUCAGCAAAGUGUAUCUGAAGGACAACCCUUGGCACUGCGACUGCAACCUAUUGUCAUUCUACACAUGGAUGAAAGAUAACAAGGACAAACUACGCCCUCCCUCUCCGGAUGAUGCACGUUGUCAGUAUCCUGUGGAUUUGAGAGGCCAGACAAUUCUUUCUUUAACAACAGAUCAACUCAUAUGUCCCACAACUUUGCUGACCACCACCACUCUGCUUACAACAACUACUCCUACAACAACUGUGCCAACAUCUCUGCCAACAACCACAACAUCCCUACCAACAACCACAACAACCCUGCCAACUACCACAACUCUUCCAACCACUACAACUGAGGCUACAACAAUCACUAUUACACUGCAGAUCACCACUCAGCCACCAACAACCUCAUUACCAGAAACCACUCUACUUAAAACUACAGCAACACCAUCCAUGUCAACUCCACCAAUCCUAACAACUGCUACAACAACCACAGUGCCCACCCCUACCGCAACAACCACACUAACCAAUACUACAGUAAUGACCACAAUACCCAUCAGUGUGGAAAUGAGCACAGUUCCUUCCCCUACAGAUUUGACCACAGCACUCACCACGCCUGUAACAACCACAGUGCAGCUCACUACACCAAUGAACACAGCACAAACCAAAACACAUAGGAUCUUGUUAUAUAAGAUUUUGAUGAUUUCCUGUAUCACAAUGUUGCUGCUAGUGGUCUGUUAUGCAUUAUUAUUAAUAAAAUUCAUGUACUCCUCCCCUUAUAAUUCUCCCGAGGAGAAAGAAAGAGUCAUCCUAACACAUUUCUCCUACAAAAAGUCAGUUUCACUGAGACCAGUCCAGGAUAUAGAGAGCGUCGCUCUAUACAUCUGUGGAAACAUGCUGAUGGGAGCAGGUCUAUACUUCAGCGUUCUUCUCCAUUUGCUUUGUUGUUGUGCAGCUGAAGAGCCUGUUGUGGAGCCAUAUCAAGAUGUCUAUGACAAGGAUGUGACAACAAUACCUGCAAUCCUGAAAGAUGGAAGCAAGGAGGUCUUUUUCAUUAACAGUCAGAUUGGGGUCAUACCAAAAGGAGCAUUUUCCAAAAACCCUCAACUAGAGAAAGUGGAAUUUAUUGGUACACCAACAUUCUCUAUCGAGGAAGGUGCGUUUGAAGGUUUAGAGAAGCUGGCUAUCAUUGAGAUUUCAGGAACUAAUCUGACAUCACUACCCAUUGGAGUUUUUAAAGAUCUUAACAAUCUUAAUACUUUAAUUCUGAAAGGAAACAAGAUUCAGAAUUUAGAAAGGGGACUAUUUGAUGGCAUCAGUACCCUUGAAAAACUGCAGCUGCAUAUGAAUGAGAUUUCAUCAAUUGAAGAGGGAACAUUUGAUCAUCUGGAGAAUCUCCAAGAGCUUCAUCUUGCUAAGAACAACCUUGCAGCCGUUUCAACAUCUCUUUUCUCCAAUCUCAAGAAACUGCAAGUUUUUAGGAUCUAUGAAAACAAGGUGACCUCUAUGCCAGACGGAAUUUUUGAUAAUCUUCAGAGUCUGAAGGAAAUUUCUCUACACAGCAACAGAAUCACACACAUACAACCAAAUUUGAUUCCACAUAAAAGCAAGUUGACAAAAUUGUUGUUGGAUAAUAAUCUCUUAACUGAGCUGCCACCCAACCUAUUUGUGGAUUUCACGGCACUCAAAACAUUAACUUUGCAUCACAAUCAGCUCACCAGUCUCCCUUCUGAUCUUUUUGGAGAAAUGCCAAAAAUUACUGAAUUGGGUCUCAACAACAAUAACCUUACAAGCUUACCUGCCAGGGUUUUCAGCCCACUGAAGAAGCUUAAGAAAUUAGACCUGUCCUCUAAUCACUUUUCACAUCUCUCUGGAGAAUUUUUUGAGGGGCUGGACAAACUUUCUGAGCUCAAUCUUCAGAAAAACACCAUUGAAGCAUUGAAAUCAGAUGACUUUAUACAACUUAAGUCCCUUUCAACACUCAAUCUGGCUAAAAAUAACCUGAGAAGCCUUCCAGAAGAUGUUUUUGAUUCUCUUCCAAAACUCAGCAAAGUGUAUCUGAAUGACAACCCUUGGCACUGCGACUGCAACCUGUUGUCAUUCUACACAUGGAUGAAAGAUAACAAGGACAAACUACGCCCUCCCUCUCCGGAUGAUGCACGUUGUCAGUAUCCUGUGGAUUUGAGAGGCCAGACAAUUCUUUCUUUAACAACAGAUCAACUCAUAUGUCCCACAACUUUGCUGACCACCACCACUCUGCUUACAACAACUACUCCUACAACAACUGUGCCAACAACUCUCCCAACAACCACAACAACCCAGCCAACAACCACAACAACCCUACCAACAACCACAACAACCCAGCCAACAACCACAACAACCCUGCCAACAACCACAACUCUUCCAACCACUACAACUGUGGCUACAACAACUUCAACAACCACUACUAUGACAACACAGAUUACCACGCACUCACCAACAACCACAUUACCACCAACUACAACACUGACCACAACUCUGCCUACCACUACCCCUGAAACCACUCAGCUUACAACUUUACUUAUAACUACAGCAAUGACCACAGUACCCACAACUACAGCAACAACCACAGUACCCACAACUACAGCAACGACCACAGUACCCACAACUACAGCAACGACCACAGUAGCCACAACUACAGCAACGACCACAGUACCCACAACUACAGCAACCACCACAGUACCCACAACUACAGCAAUGACCACAGUACCCACAACUACAGCAACGACCACAGUACCCACAACUACAGCAACGACCACAGUACCCACCACUACAGCAACGACCACAGUACCCACCACUACAGCAACGACCACAGUACCCACCACUACAGCAACGACCACAGUACCCACCACUACAGCAACUACCACAGUACCUACCACUACAGCAACGACCACAGUCCCCACAACUACAGCAACGACCACAACACCAAUUACUACAGAGCCAACAUCGUCCACUCAUCUGAAUACAAUCAUCAGCAGCACAAGGGAAACAACGCCAGUCUCCACCACCCCCAGCAAUUUCAUCUGUUUUGGGUUCCAUGACCCUCAGCACCAAGCUGUCUACUCCACCUCUCGAGCUGAUAAAGCUUCAUCAUGUAAAGCUCAGACAAUUUCUUAUACUGUAAUGUUGUUGCUAGAGAUCUGCUGUACAGUGGUAUUGGCCAAGUUUACAUAUUCCCUGUACUGUUCUCUUGAGGAGAAAGAAAAAUUCUACACUCGAGUCAACCUGACCCGUUUCUCCUACAAAAAAUCCAUUAUUCUGAGACCGGUCCAGGAGAUUGAGACUGUGGCUCUAUAAGACAAUCCAUAAACUGUCAGUGUUGAUAACAAUAAUAAUUUAGAAGUGGCACAUUAUGAGUAUGUGACCUGGACAACACAUUUAGAAGAAGCAACUGCAAGUGGAACACAAGCAUAUUAGCAUGGGGAAGGUAUACCAUAGGUAUUUUAGAUUGUUAAGCAGGUGUUAAGGAAGUGCUAGUGGUAUGCUAGAUAACAGUCAUACUCAACUAUCUAAGGCUAUUAGUUCACUCUGUUUAGACUAUCUGGAUGUUCAUGCUAAGCCAACACGUACAACCCAGAAACUGAUUUCAGUUCAGAUUGUCUCCUCUUUCGAAUAUUUCAAGUAUGUAAUUACUAAAUGUAUGUGCCCCAGCUUUUAACAUUUACCUUCCUACCAUUUUUUAACAUUAUUGAUUCCAUGUUACCACAAUUAUUAAGUAUGUUGUUAUCGUUAAGUAUAUUGACCAUAUUAAUUAAUAGCAUCUUUCUGAAGUAUUAUUUUUUAAUUCAAUUAUAUUUAAAGGUUGUUAUAUUAUGUUAAUCUCCUUUGCAUAUUUUCAGCUGAGAAUGUCUUUUGUUGUUGAAUUUUUCUGAUUUCCUUUUUUGAACUGAUAUUGAAGCAGAGUGAGGUGCAAACUAUCAAGGGUUAAAAUGCUACAUGAAUGUUUUAUAUAUGAUGCAGAGUUAUACAAUGAAUCCAUGCCUAUACUAUUUGAUUCACCUUUUUGGCAGCUGUAACAACUCCCAGGGACAGAUAGCAAAUCAAUUUGCCACAUUUGAUACUUUUUUUUACUAAUCACAUUUAUUUUGGUGAAUGUACUUUAAUGUAUUUAGACUGGAAAUAUCAUCUGGUUAAAACAAGAUAGAUUUGUUUUGCAUUAAUUGUGUUUAUUAAUUGCAUUGACCAGACAUUUUAGAGACUGUUACAACCAGCCCAUCCAUCUAUCACAGUUUUCCCAUUUCAACUAGCAGAGAUAUGUAGUUUUUGUGCUUUUGUGAAAAAUACUAAUUUGACUCAAAUAGUUUUAGAACUAUUCAGUAAGUUAAGCUGUGCUCUAGUCUCUUACACUGAUGUUACAGGCCAUGUAACCUAAGCUACUGGGAAAAGGUCUAUGUUGCUUGGGAGCUGCACUGCUUUGUCAUGCUCUACUAUGGAUAAAGCAUAUGUCAACUUAAUGCUUUA